CUGGGGGUUAACCAGACCCACGCGAAAGAGGAAGAGAGAAGCGACCGAGCAGCAAGGAGGCGGGAGCGGAGGCCGGGCAGCGGCUGCGGAGCGGGGGCGAGCGAGCCCAAAGGCUGAACUGCCGAGCCAGCCGCCGCCGCCGCCUUACGCUGCCCGCCUGGCUCCGGCACAGAGACCCGGCAUCAGCCCGGCUGCCCCGGCGUCCCCAGCUGAGCCUCCCGGAUCGCGCUCCGCCUCCUUCCCGGCUCCAGCCCCGCAGCAGAGCAGCGAUGCAGGCGCUGGCCCUGGCGCUCUGUGCCCUGCAGCUGUGCCCAGCUGUGCUGGGCGGCCGGUGGGGGCAGCCCGUCCUGGUGGAGAGGCCUCAGUCCAGGCGGCUGAGCAAGCUUGGUGGCUUCUCAUGGAAGAACUGUGGCAAUGGAACCGAUCCCUUUGUGAUUGAGAGUCUGUCCAUAGCUCCGGACCCGAUCCACAUCCCCGGGGACCUGAAAGUCAGCGCGGCGGCUUCCAGUAAAGCUGACAUCGGCUCACCUCUGAAGGCAGUGUUUACCGUGGAAAAGAAGAUAGUUGACAUGUGGCUGAAGAUCCCCUGCGUGGACCAGAUCGGGAGCUGCACAUAUGAUGGCCUUUGUGGAAUCCUGGACAACGUCAUCCCCCCUGGAUCACCAUGUCCCGAGCCUCUGCUCAGCUACGGCAUCCCCUGCCACUGCCCCUUCCAAAAGGGCUCCUACUCCCUGCCAUCCAGUGAGUUCUACUUGCCCACCACACAGUUGCCCUCCUGGCUGACUAAUGGUGACUACCGCGUCCAGGUUGUCCUGAGCAGCGGUGGCAAGCAGCUCGCCUGUGUCCAGGUGGCCUUGUCCCUCCACUCUGAGUGAGGCUGGCCAGCCCUGCCUGACCACGAGCCCACCCCCCGCUGCAGACUGACGCAUUUCCUUUCUCUUCUCUCUGGCAGAGACACACACCGGAGCCGGUUGGCAGCUCUCUUCCUCCUUCCGCUGCCUCUUGCUGCUGCCUGCCCUCACACAGCUGCUGCUUGCCCUUUUCCCACCUCUAUUUGCCCUUCUCCCACUCAGAAAAAGGGCCAAUAAGAGGGGGGAUGGGGGGGGGAGGUCUUUGUCUUCUGUGCAGUGUGGACUUUGAGGUGGGCAAGGUUGGCCGACGGUUUGGGUCCCUCCUGAUCCUGAUUCAAAGUCUGUUGAAGUCAACAGGAGCCUUUCCAAGGGUCCGGCUCCUAGCAAGGAGACUUGAGUCUUUGUUGCAGUCCCUACAAUUGCAGCCCCACUUGUUGCGUUUCCCAGCGGGGCUUAGAUCCCUUCCCUCCACCCCUCUCCUGGUCCUGGUCGGCUGCGCACUAUUCACCAUGCCAGCUUUGGGCUGAUUCCCUGAAGUCAAUAAACUCCCCGUUGAUUUCAGGCCUGUAGGGAGGCACUCAGCACUAAACAGAACUGUCCAUCACAGUUGCUGUUUGAUUCCCAGCUGCGCUUUGCUGGGGAACGCCCUGCACUGCAGCGCUGUGUGCUGGAUGGCCGUAUGGGUCUCUUCUGCCCCAGACUUCUCUGAUCCUAGGAAAUAUCAGGUUAAACUGGUGGCUCGGGUCCAACGCUGAGUCUUUCUGUCAUAUCGUAGUGGUGGCUCCAGCUUUCCGGAGCUGCGUUCCAGGCCAGAAUGUCCCCUGUGCGCACUCCUGCCUUGAGAGAGUUGUAUCACUGUGCUACAAACCAGCCUGGGGCGGAGGAUCUAGUUUGAUUAUUUCCCCACAUAUGUAAUGAAAUUGCAUUUUUCGUGUUGCUUAAUGCCUCCUUCUCCCCCCGCCCCCCUCCAGUCAGUAACAAUGGGAGGGCCCGGUAGCCCUCCAGCUGACUGGUGUAAACAAAAUGAGGUAUCAUAAUAUUCCACCCAUUGAGUGGCCUAGUUAACCUCUACUGUCCCAGGGGGUUUUGCCAUCUGUUGGCUGGGGUGUGGGGCUGUUUUUGUUUGUCUGGGUUUUUUUUAAAUAUCACACAGGGAAUUUUAGAAAACAAAACUGAAGGAAGAAAACAGAAAGAAAUAAUUCUUGUAAACAGUCAGUUGGAAAAAGGAAAAGAGGCUUAGAGCUGACUGCCCCUCUCUGCAAUGUGGGGGUCGAUUGUCGGUCAGGAGUGCCAUCUUGUAUACUUUGAGGGUGCAAGCCCCCUCCAGGCAUGUGUGCCCCAACACUGGACUGGAGAGAGGCACAUGUAAGCCCCCUCCAGGCCUGUGUGCCCUGAGACUUGACUGGAGAGAUGACAUGUUCACUCUUACUGGCCAUUGCUGGAGACAGGAUACUGGGCUAGAUGGACCAUCGGUCUAUCUUGGGGUGGCACUUCUUAUGUUUCUGAAUCAACCUGGGCAGCAGCAGCAGGAAACCUGUCAACACGAAGAGCUGUACAGCUAGCACUCAAUUCUCUGACAACAAAUAACCUUCCUAAACAGGACUAUGCUGGACCAGGUCCAUUCUGAAGAAAUCAUUGCUUAUGGUAAUAUAAGGUGAGCCGGGAGGGUGGGCAUCACCAGUCAAAGAGACAGAUCUUCAAUGGCAUGGACAUGAUCUCUCUCCCAUGUCUGCAUUGAAAAAAGAAAAGAGGAACAAACCAAGAAAGCGAUGUACUAAUAUUCUCACUCCCAGGGGACCAAAUGACUCAUUCUGCUCUGGGCUUCUCUUCCUCUAAAAACGAUGUGGUUGGAAUGGCUUAAACCAAAGGAACAAUUUGAUUGGCUGAUGAGGAUUCCAAGCAGUGUAAUUAUGAAACUGAAAAUCGCCCGACUCUGAACUUCUCGAACACGUUAGAGUGACCAUUUCUUAAAGGUGCUAACCCAUGGUGAGGCAGGCGGUCACACUGCCAUGUCCUGAGCAGAGGAACAAAUGAGUUUAGAACUUCUUAAGUUUGCAGCCGGCAUAUUUAGCAGCUACAGAAAAGGACUGGUGCACCCGAAAAUGUGCUGAUCAGACUCUUUCUACAGGACGUGGUUCAUCGGUCUUGACAGGCUUUAGGGAGAAGAGUCUCUGUUUGGCGUAAAUUGUUAUAGCUCAGGAUGUGCCCCUGGAAAUAGGGAGUCAGGACCCUAAUCUGGUGUACUAUGGGCUGUUGAUUUGUUCACUUUGGGUGCGGUUCUGCACCGUUAAGUCAAUGGGAGCUUUGCCGUUGAUUUCAGUGGGUACGGGAUCAAAUUGCUUGGGUGGUGUUUUAUCAGCACUGUUAAGUCCCUGCCUCCCAAUUCACAUGCAGGGCUGACAUUGCACCUGCAGAUCCAGUUCAGUGCAGCUGACCCUAGGAUGUGUGUAGAAUACCUAACCCAAUCACUGAACACCCCGUCCCAUAUUAUUGCACUGGAGCUGUAUGCAUACAACCAUCGGAGGGGUAGCCUGUUAGUUUGUAUCCACAAAAACAACAAGGAGUCCAUUGGCACCUUAAAGACUAACGGAUUUAUUUGGGUAAAAAACCUCACUUCUUCAGAUGCAUGGAGAACUUCUUCCAUGUAUCUGAAGUGUGUUUUUUUUUUAAACCACGAAACCUUGUGCCCAAAUAAAUCUGUUAGUCUUUAAGGUGCCACUGGACUCCUCGUUUUUAUGUAUACAACCGUUGCUGUGUUAGCGCACCUGAGGGGUGAGUCAAUUUACACCAUCACUGCACACGUGCUAUUGCAGCUGAGGUGCAUGUGUGUGCCAUGCCAUCCCCGCCUUGUACCCUGUAUUGUUACAGUCGAUUUGUGUGGAUAAGACACUGUCACCACACACCCUCUCCUGUAUUAUUUCAUGCAAGGCAGGUGUGGAUGACAUCAGCAGUGCACACCUGUGCUGUUGUGGUACAUCACCAUGUAUUCUAUUACUACCCUCUGAGCAUGCACGUGACAGCCACUGCUCAUCCUGCUCUGUAUUACAUCUGUGAUACCUGGGUAUGACACCCUAAUACUACUACUUAGCAGCUGUGUAGGGCUGAUCUGCAAAGCACUUUAUAAGCCUUAACUACUGAAUGCCCACAGUCCAUGGGCUGGUGUGAUUGUGCUUUAACCCAAUGCUAAUCACUAUGUUUUGCACAGUCUGUGUUCUCAUGACAGGUUUAAGAGACAAAGACCUUUGGUCACCUUUCUGCUUCCUAAGCUUGCUACGCUAUACGAUGUCCUAACAGCCAGUGGGUUUUGCUCUGGUUUGUUCUGUGCGGAGAAGCACUAACCGUCUUGCCGACUCCUGCAUCCUUACUGCUUAGCUGAAGCCUGCUGGUUUUUUGGGAGGCAGCGGCUAUUAGUGCUGGUGCCACAAUGAGUGCUUAAUAAAUCUUUUUAACUAGA